AUGUCUCCUCGCCCAGGAUCAGAGGCCAAAAAGGCAGGCAGCCCAAGAACCACUAGCGCCUCCGUGCCACUGCUGCUGCUGCUGGGGGCCUCCCCGGGCCCACUCCCCGCUGGGGCCUGGCUCGCUCCCAACUGCAUCGUGGUGGAAAGCGCCCAGCUGCCUCGCAUCUCCCGCUACUUCUCCCUCUACUCGUCGGAUCCUGGCCUGCGCCUGUUGGCAUUUUGCUACUCCGUCACCAGCCUGGCCCGGGCCCUGGAGCCUGUGCCCCCUGGCGUGGAAGGGCUCUGCCUGGCAGGCUCCAUACCCAUCCUACCCCCUGAUGCCUUCGCCAACUUCUCCAGCCUGCAGAUGCUGGGGCUGAUGUUGCACAUCACCGGAGUCCCACCGGACAUCUUCCGGGGCUUGGGCCGCCUGAGACACCUCGCCUUCCUCCACAAGCCAAACAAGGAAGAGCCUUUCCUGCCUCCCAGUGCCCUGGGGUCCCUGGACUUCCUCAGCACUCUCUCCUUCAGCGGCACCUGCCUCAACCAGAGUCAGGGCAUCCGGCUCCCCGCUGGCCUCCAGCAGCUGAGGGUCACCUACGGUUGCCUGACGGGUCUGGAGGGGCUGACCAGGAUCUUUCUGGGGCUGGCGUCGGGUCCAUCCUCCUCGGGGUCCGUCUCUCUGGACGAGCUGGACGUGUCUAACAAUGUCCGGCUGAGCGGGGUGGCUUCUGGGGCCCUGCGGGGGCUCCGGCUGGGGAUGCUGAAGCUGUACAACACCAAGAUGGUGGCCUCCGACCUGCUGGGCUCUGGGCUGGCCAGCCUGGAGACCCUCUCCCUGUGCCACGCUCAGGUGGACAUCCCCCCAGGGGAAGUGGUUUCCCGCUUUGCUCUGCAGGGCCUGGGGCUGUCGAGGAACAAGGUGGGUCACCUAACUGGAGAGACUCUGGCCCACUGGGCCUCCUUGCAUAGCCUGGACCUCUACUACAACAGCCUGGAAGAGCUGCCCCCCGACCUCCUGGCUGCCCUGCCCCAGCUCCAGAGCCUCGAUCUGUCCAGCAACCUGCUGGAGCGGGUCAUCCUGUGCCCCGGGACAGCCGGUGGCUCGGAGCUGCAGGAGCUAGAUCUGUCCCACAACCAAAUGUGGGUCCUGCCACCCGCAGCCUUCUCCUGCCUGGCCCAACUCCGGGAGCUUCGGCUCCAGGGAAACCGGCUGGUGCACCCGGGCAUCCGGGUGCUGCAAGGGCUCGGCCAGCUGGAGGUCCUGAAUCUCAACGGGAACCCUCUGGGGGCCUUGGAGAAGGGUUGGCUUGCCCCAGUGGCCUCCCUGAAGGCCCUGAGCCUGACAAGCAGCCAGCUGGCCUCCGUCCGGGACUGGUGCUUCCGGGGGCUGAGCAGCCUGCAGCUGGACUUGGUCUCUGGCCCAGGGAAGCUGGCCCUGCCCCAGAGCCCUGCUCUGUGUAGCCUAAAGAUCCAGGCCGGGGCCAAGCUGGUGCUGCGCUCCCCACCCCUGUACCCCUACCCUGCCCUGGAGACCCUUGUCCUUCAAGGCUUGGGGUUGCGACUGGAGCACGCCAACAUCUCCUCUGUCUUCCUCGUGCUCCGCCACCUGGCUCUGGACCACGUCGACCCCCGGCACUUCUGCUCCCCCGGGGCCUUGGGCUCAUCCCUGUUGCGACUCCCGCGCCUGGAGAGCCUGCUGGUGAGGGGCUCUGGGGUCUGCCGGAUCUCAGGCCUUUCUGGCCUGCGGAUGCUGGAGCUGGAGGUGCUGCUGACCUGGUCCCAGCUGCGCCCCAGGGCGCUCCAGGCGUUCCUCGGAGAGCUGCCCCAGCUGAAAGUGCUGAGUCUCACGGGGAAAGCGUUGGGGGCCCUCUCCGCUGCCAGUUUCCGGGGUCUGGGUCGCUUGCGGGUGUUGGUACUGGAGGACACGGUCAUCCUGGUGCUAGACAGCAGCCUCCAAGAGGAGAGCCCCCGGCUGCCCCAGUACAUGUAUUUCCUCAGAAGUCACUGCCCUCAGGCCCUGGAGCUGGAGCUCUUCCUGGCCAGCUUGGGCCUACUUCUCCUGCUGGGUUCUCUGCCCCUCCUCUGUCGUACCAGGAGCUCCUGGGCCCUCCACCUCCUGACCCUCCUGCGGGUCAGGUGGCACGGACUCGGGGCCCGUCCGGGUGAGGGCCGGCAGUUCCGAUACGAUGGUUUUGUGUCCCACUGCGGGAGGGACCAGGCCUGGGUGGUCAGUCAGCUGCUCCCGGCCCUGGAGGGAGCACCGCCGGGCCUGCAGCUCUGCUUGCUUGAGCGGGACUUCGAGCCGGGCCCCCAGGCCCUGGGCGACCCUUGGAGCCUGCUGCAGCUGCGGCUGGCCACCGCCCGCCUCCUGGGCAACCCCGGGGACUUCUGCCUCCUCCUGCUCUUCCAGAAACCCAUCUCCCGCCACUUUCUCCCCGACUACCACCGGCUGGCUCGCCUGCUCCGGACCAGAGACUACCCGGACUGGCCCAGGGAAGAAGCCAAGAGGGAGGUUUUCUGGGAAGGUCUGAGGAAGAGGCUGGGGACUCUGCGGCCAAGGGAUGGCGAAAGGGGAGCGGAUGAAGGGAACAUGGAAAGCAAGUGGAGUACGAAAGACACAGAAAAGGUGACCAAAAACAGGAAAUGCGAGGUGCCAAGGAGGAAGGGAAAGUCAGACAAAAACGGGAAGCGCAACAGGAUCUGA